AUGGCUCCAGUUCCGGAUCCGAAUAACAUUAGUGGUGGUGCGAAGCGGGAUGAAGCUACGACAAAAGUUCCUUCGAAGGAUCCCAAGAAGAAGGAUGAUAAAAAGGAGGAGGAUAUGUCUGAAGAGGACUUGCAACUAAAGCAAAACCUAGAGCUCUAUGUUGAGAGGGUUCAAGACCCCAAUCCCGAGUUGCAGAAGACUGCUCUUGAAAGCAUGAGUUCUUUUGAAAGCUUAGGCUAUAGGUUGACUGGAACAGAGGGUGACAUCGGAUCGUGGGGUCACGAGUAUGUAAGGAAUCUGGCUGGAGAGAUUGCAGAAGAGUAUACGAUGCGUCAGGGUGAGGAGUCCCCCGUUGAUGAUUUAAUGGAUCUUGUGCAGCAAAUUGUUGCUUUUCACAUGAAGCAUAAUGCAGAAACCGAAGCGGUUGACCUUUUAAUGGAUGUUGAGGAUCUUGAUCUCUUACUUAAGCAUGUAGACAGCGCAAAUUUCAGGAGGACGUGCAACUACCUCACGAGUGCUGCAAAGUAUCUUCCAGGACCUGAUGACAUGCUGGUUUUGGAUAUUGCUUACACGAUCUACAUCAAGUUUGAAGAAUAUCCAAACGCUCUGCAAAUUGCAUUAUUUCUUGAUAACAUGCAGUAUGUGAAGCAAGUAUUUACCUCAUGCACUGAUCUGCUAAGAAAGAAACAGUUCUGCUACAUGAUUUCACGUCAUGGCAUCACCCUUGAACUUGACCCUGAGAUGGUUUCAGAUGACGUUGACAGAGAAAUGCUGCAAGAUAUUGUCAACAACACUAAGCUAAGUGACGGAUAUCUGACGCUUGCAAGGGAUAUUGAGGUAAUGGAGGCCAAAACGCCAGAAGAUAUCUACAAGGCUCACUUGCUUGAUGGCAGGGUUACCUCUGGUCCAAGUGUGGAUUCUGCUAGACAAAAUCUGGCAGCGACUUUUGUGAAUGCAUUUGUAAAUGCUGGUUUCGGGCAGGACAAAUUAAUGACAGUACCAUCAGACUCAACCAGUGGAUCUGCUGCAAAUUGGCUCUUCAAAAAUAGAGAUCAUGGCAAGACCAGUGCAGCUGCUAGUCUGGGUAUGAUUCUUUUGUGGGAUGUUGACUCUGGACUUGCUCAACUCGACAAAUAUUUCCAUAGUAAUGAUAAUCCCAUCAUUGCUGGAGCUCUGCUGGGUGUUGGGAUUGUUAAUUGCGGCAUUAAGAAUGAUUGUGAUCCCGCACUGGCCCUGCUUGGAGAAUAUAUUGACAAAGAGGAUUCAUCUGUCCGUAUUGGGGCUAUUAUGGGUCUUGGAAUUGCAUAUGCGGGUUCCCAAAAUGAUCAGAUAAGAAGCAGCUUGUCUCCAAUACUAAACGAUGCAAAAGCACCGCUCGAUGUGAUUGCAUUUGCUGCGCUUAGUUUGGGGAUGAUUUACGUUGGUUCGUGUAACGAAGAGGUCGCACAAUCUAUUAUAUUCGCUUUGAUGGAUCGGAGUGAGGCAGAACUGGGUGAAGCCCUCACUCGUUUCUUGCCUCUUGGACUUGGACUUUUGUACCUUGGCAAACAGGAAAGUGUGGAGGCUACUGCGGAAGUUUCAAAGACUUUCAAUGAGAAAAUCAGAAAGUAUUGUGAUAUGACACUUCUUUCCUGUGCGUAUGCUGGAACUGGGAAUGUCCUUAAGGUCCAAGACCUCCUGGCUCAGUGUGGAGAGCAUUUGGAGAAAGAUGAUAUCCACCAGGGUCCAGCUGUGCUUGGAUUAGCAAUGGUUGCUAUGUCUGAAGAAUUGGGUCUUGAUAUGGAGAUCCGUUCUCUGGAGCGCGUGCUACAGUAUGGAGAACAGAACGUUCGACGAGCAGUGCCUUUGUCCCUUGGUCUCCUAUGUAUAUCAAACCCCAAGGUGACUGUUAUGGACACCUUGAGCCGGCUUAGCCAUGACACAGAUUCAGAAGUUGCGAUGGCAGCAAUUAUUUCCCUUGGUUUGAUCGGCGCUGGAACUAACAAUGCAAGAAUCGCUGGCAUGCUUAGAAAUCUCUCCAGCUAUUAUUACAAGGACGCCAGCCUUCUCUUCUGUGUGCGUAUUGCUCAAGGGCUGGUCCACAUGGGAAAGGGUCUCUUAACUCUCAGUCCCUUUCACUCCGAACGGCUCUUGCUGUCACCAACCGCGCUUGCUGGUAUAGUGACAUUGUUGCAUGCAUGCCUCGACAUGAAAUCUAUCAUACUGGGGAAAUACCAUUAUGUGCUCUACUUCCUCGUUUUGGCGAUGCAGCCAAGGAUGAUGCUGACGGUAGACGAGAAUCUGAAGCCCAUCUCCGUGCCAGUGCGAGUAGGACAAGCGGUCGAUGUGGUUGGACAGGCAGGUCGACCCAAGACAAUCACUGGGUUCCAAACGCACUCGACACCUGUUCUCCUCGCUGCUGGGGAGAGAGCCGAACUCGCUACUGACAAGUACAUUCCAUUGUCGCCCAUAUUAGAAGGUUUCAUCAUACUGAAAGAGAACCCAGACUAUAGAGAGGAGUGA